AUAGGCCUAUGAUCUGCCAUUAUCUACAUGUCAGGCAAUUUCAGCUGUGAAUUAAUCAUCAUCUCGUUUGUGUUUUCCUUCAGGUUGUCAAUGGACCAGACUCAUUGAAAGAAGGAGAGGCUAUGGUCAACACGCCAUUCAACUUGAGUGAAGGACCACUGUGGCAAGUUCGACUUAUGCCACUCUCAUCUGACUACUCUUGUCUCUGGCCGGAAGUGAAAGAAAAGUUCCCAUAUCAAAACAAAGUGUUAUUUAAUUUCCAUCAUGGAAUAGUUGAUGGUCCCGAUUUACUUUCAAUUACUGGGUUAUUUAUGAAGCUUCUGGAGGAUUACAUCAGCAAAAUCCCUAUUGAUAAGCAACAGUUUGGACAACUUGUUGACCACAGUCAUACAUCAAAGAUUGUUCAACAAAUGACAGAAGAACUUGAAAAGGAUCCCCAAAAGUUAAAAUUAAUGCUAAAUGAGCUAGAAAAUAAAAAGCACACUCCACUUCUCUUAGAAGCAUUCGGUACUCCAAGUUCAUCUAAUGUCAGGACAGAACACUUACAGUAUUCUAUACUAGAUUUCUCUGAAGUUAAUAAGUUUAGUGAUAAAUGCAAGGAUAGAAAAAUCACCUUCAACUCUGGAUUUGUUGGUGUAUUGAACACUGCUUUGGUUGAGCUAGUAAGGGAGGCUGGAAUUAUACGCGACAUCUACAAUAUUAGCAGUUUACACCCCAUUGACCUUCGCCGUUACAUGAAAGGAUACUCUGAAAUAUACCCAAUGGGUUUCCAUACUCUUUCAGUAUCACACACCAUGGCAACCCCUUACAAUGUCAAAGACAUAUUCUGGGAAUAUGUUAAGCAGUUUGACACUGAAUUCCGCAGCAACCUGAAAAACAAACAGGUUUUAAGAGAUUUUGCCUUACGCAAGAUGACUCUCCCAGAUACCUGCAACCUUGAUCAUCUGUAUGCAACUCCUUCACCUCCUAAAUAUGACUAUAUCUUCACAAAUAUGUUUUUACCAAGAUUUUUUAACUAUGGAGUAGGAAGACGUGUACAACAGACAGAGAUAAAAUAUUAUCUUCCCCUAAAUGCCAGUGAUUUCGCGUUCUUUUCUGGCAUAUGUAAUAUACGUGAGAAAGUUGAGUUUGAUAUAUUUUAUUCAUCACAUUGCAUGAACUCCGCAACUGCACAAAUGUAUUUUGACAAAGCUGUAUCAGUCUUUCGUGAAAUGAUUAAUAGUUGACUUUAUAUGCUGAGCCUCCAUUUUUUUGCUCAUGUUAUAAAGCUUGAGUAAUAGAUUAAUUACUACACGUGCAUGUGACAUUCCAAGUGAACUGGGAGUGCUGUGAAAAUAAUAGAAAUGACAUGGUAGUGUAUCACGUGGAAAUUGUGCUUGGCGCUAUGGUGUGGAAAAGGACACUACUUGCAGUUCAAGGCAUUUGUUAAAGGAAAUGUUUCGCUGUGAGUUGCUUCAACAGUCCUAAUACAAAGCUUAAACAUGUUAAUAAACAGUAGACAGUGCAAGUGAUCUGAAACUUCAGUGAGGUGGGAGAUAUACCAAAUUGUAAAAAAAUAUGAAGGACAACUAUGUAAGCGAGAUUCGAAUUUCAGCAAGAACUGUCUAGCAUUGGCCAGUACAUCUGCUUCUCCAUGCUCAUAGUGUGUCCACUUGACGGCGGAUCCUAACAUGGAUAACAAUCUUUUAGCCGUAUGUCUGGAAACACUGAAACUUCCUGACUUUUGCGGAUUGUCAGUUGUGGCAAUGAAAACACCUUCCAAGAGCUUUCGUCUUUGUCGUUAGUUUUCUUUGACGACCAGUUGUACUUCAUUAAACCUUAUUCAUCGUUUUUCCGGUCAGCUCUGUGGCAUCUAAUGUGGCCAAACUAUUUAACAAUCACAUCGUCAAAAUAAACACCAGCUCUUCCUCUUCAAUCAAAAAUUUGAUGCAGAAACACAAGUGGUAGAUGUUGUUCAAUGUGGACAUAUGUAAAUUCCAAAUCCUUUGAAAUGAAAUAACCCUCAUAGUUAUAAACUAGGCGAUGUAGAGCUUGAGCACACAACGUGAAAAAGACUUGUUAGUCAUGGUCAGCAGAAAAAUGAAGCUAAGACAACAGCAGUGGUCCUUCUGCAAUGUUCCUCAAUUCUUAAGUUAUUAUUACAGGGAUUUAUAUCAAUAAGCAUAAGUAACAAGAGUCCUAAAGUAAUAAUGGUAGAAUUACCGACAAUAUCUUAGGUAGAAGUACACGGGUGCAACAUUUUAUCGUGGCAACGUAUCACUCUUUAAGAGAUUUGUCAAGCCGUUGAUAAAGCUCUUGCAGAGCGAAUCGGUGCCACAGUAAAUUGACACAUUAGUUGCAUCUGUGCCCUUUUACUUAACGGGAGUUCAAAAGUUAUUUUACAGCCCUAUAUAUGACUAGUAAGAGCUCACUCAGAUUAUGUAGCUCAGAGAAUGAUGACAAAAUUAAUCCACUGUAUAAGGAAUGUAAAUCAAUGGUAUGUAAUGAAUUAGACAAGUGUGAAACAUAUUGGCAUCAUUAAUGCUGAUAAUAAGAAAUUUGUGCAACAAAUCGUGCCACCAUUUAUUUAGAUAUCCUUAAUUCACAUGUACCUAAUUUAUUAUCUUGUCGGUAUUAUAUACUACUGUUACACACCUUAUCAGACACAGCAACAUCAUGAGAUCUUUGUACAGAGGACAUCUCCACAACUACUUAAUACCGCUGGCCCACCUCGAGGACAUGACCUACUGCCACUGGGAAAUCCUGCAUGCCUGUGACAGUGCCUUCAGUUCGUCUGACUUAAGCAAAAAACAAACAUUUUGCUUCCUGUGCUUUAGAUUCAUCAAGACAACGGUAUUGAAUACCUGCUCCUAGGCUAAGGGACUGAUUACCUCAUCUUCUACCUGUUCAUUCUUCUGUAUUGUUUUGACAAAAACCACAGGAUGGUGAAACGUCUUCAGAGUAAAGAUGCCAGAUGUUGCAAAUGUGUAUAAGGAAUCUCUCAUACGAGGAUAGACUAAGAGCCUGGAGAACCUUCUGCAGUGUUCCUUCGACCAGCGAAGGAGUAUAUAUAAUACCAUGAGGUGGAUGUCUGGUUUCUCCUACAUACUUGUGAGUUCUCUGUCAACGGAAGCUACAGUGCCUUUUUCGAGUAGCUGUAUCUACAGCUUAAGGAGGGGUUGGAGGAAGCCAGGGUGAGAGAUACAGCGUUUAGGGUAAUUAAUUAAUGUAAAUUAUGAGCAACAGUGGCCCUAAAUUAAUAAUUGUGGAAUGCCACUUGUGAUAUGAAAAUUAUUAAUGAUGAUUAUUAUCUAGAUGUAAAGUUUUGAGAGAUAAAAGCCAUAUUAUGAACUAUAAUUUUUAAUCAUUAGAGGUAUAUUAUGAUUUUCUACUAGACGAAUGACAAGUGACUGAUUUCACUAUUUCCAAGCGACAUAUUGUUUAAAGAAGAGCAAAUGAUGAUGGAAGACUGUUUGAAAAAAUCACUUUGUUAACUCACUCAUCAAAAAAUGAGGAUAUUAAUCUUCUAGCCUAACAUAGAUAUUGGGGAGCAGAGAUAAGUGGGGGGACGUUUUGAAACAAGGGAAUAAGAAACACGAGGUAGUCUCCCUUGGAGGCGGAGAUGAGAAACUGCCAUGGCAUAAGGGAGACCUUCUGCCUCUUUGAUGAAAAUGUUUUAUGCGUCUUCUUACAAUUUUGUUCUUAUAUGCAUCAGAGUAGUCACAAACUAAAAACUUUUUCAAAAAAAUUUUUCUCGGGAAUGGUGAAAUUUAACAUGUUCCUCUGAAAGUUAAGUUUAUCAAUAAUACUGAUAUCACUAAAAAAUGGAAAAAAGUACAUUUACAGUGUAUAUGUGCAAGUUAUAUAUCUAGCUAUUUAAAUACAAUUAUUAUAAUACAGAA